AUGCUGUCCACCUCGACCCAUAUCCAAAGCCCAUCAACCAGCCAGCAGAUUCCCUGUCCGAUGAGCCUGCCAACAGCCAUCCCAGCGCCAGCUCCCACAUCAAAUCGACUCAACCUAGUGAGACACUUGACUUCUUUGGCGUCCAGCUGA